AGGGCGCUGGGCCACCUGCUGCAGGCCGUGCUGGCGAGCCGCGGCGAGGCCAAUGCGGUGUUCGACAUCCUGGCCGUGCUGCAGUCUGAAGACCCGGAGGAGGUCCAGGAAGCAGUGCACACUUGCAGCCGACUCUUCGGGGCCUUGCUGGAGCGGGGAGAGCUGUUUGUGGGCCCGCUUCCCCCCGAGGACUCCGUCCUGGCCGGGUCCCACGGAGCCAUGCGCAAGUACAAGGUCUGGAUGCGACACCGCUAUCACAGCUGCCGCAGUCACCUAGGCGAGCUCCUGGCCCACCCCAGUUUCAAAGUCAAGGAGCUGGCACUCAAGACCCUCAUGAAGUUUGUGCAGCUGGAAGGGGUACACCCCCUGGAGAAGCCCAAAUGGGAAGGCCAGUACCUGUUCCCCCGCACACUCUUCAGGGCGGUGGUGGGAGGCCUGCUUUCACCAGAACAGGACCACAGCUUGCAGAUUAACCAGUUCCGGGAAUACCUAGAGUUCGAUGACAUCCGCUACCACACCAUGCAGGCAGCCUCUGACACUGUGGCCCAGGUCACCAGCCAGCAUUCCGAGGUGUCCCUGGCCUUCUGGAACAACACCUUCACCCUGCUGUCAGCCUUGAGUCUGCCCCGCCAGGAGUGUGACAUCUCUAACUUCUAUGUGAAGCAUGGAGAACCAUCAGACAUGUGGAAGGUCACCCACCUGAAGGAGCACAGGAAGGCGUUCCAGGCCAUGUGGCUCGGCUUCCUCAAGCAUAAGCUGCCCCUCAGUCUCUAUAAGAAGGUCCUGGUGACCAUGCAUGACACCAUCCUGCCCCGCCUGGCUCAGCCCACCCUCAUGAUCGACUUCCUCACCAGUGCCUGUGACGUGGGUGGUGCCAUCAGCCUCUUAGCUCUGAAUGGACUUUUCAUCCUGAUUCACCAGCACAACCUGGAGUACCCUGAUUUCUAUCGGAAGCUGUAUGGUCUCCUGGACCCCUCAAUCUUCCACGCUAAGUACCGGGCCCGUUUCUUCCAUCUGGCCAACCUCUUCCUUUCUUCCUCCCACCUCCCUGCCUACCUGGUGGCUGCCUUUGCCAAGCGCCUAUCCCGCCUGGCGCUGACAGCACCCCCAGAGGCCCUGCUCAUGGUCCUGCCUUUCAUCUGCAACCUGCUGCGCAGACACCCGGCCUGCCUCGUCCUAGUGCACCGCCCCCAGGGCCCUGAGCUGGAUGCUGACCCCUAUAACCCAGAGGAGGAGGAUCCUGCCAAGAGCCGGGCCUUGGAGAGCUGCCUGUGGGAGCUGCAGACCCUGCAGCAGCAUUACCACCCUGAGGUGUCCCGCGCUGCCAGUGUCAUCAACCAGGCACUGUCGGUCCCUGAGGUCAGCAUUGCGCCACUCCUGGAGCUCACAGCAUUUGAGAUCUUUGAGCAGGACCUGAAGAAGCAGCUGCCCGAGCCAGUGCCACUGGAGUUCAUUGCUGCACAGGGCCUGCUGGGCCGACGGGAGGACAUCUGCACCCAGCUCUUCACGCUCAGCUGACCGACCACAUAAGUGGUGUUGUGGGAGAUGCCUCUGCACCCAGCGGAAGCGGCAGGACACCGGCCAGGCGGGAAGGACCCCGGCGGGGUUGGCAGAGCCACAGGGAUGGCACAGGGUGACAGCAGCCCUGCCCUGGUGGUACCUUCUGUGCAGGCAUGGGCAGCAGCAGCCCCACGCUGUCUGUCUCCUGUCCAUGUGGUCUCAAGGGGCUGCUCUGAGCUAGGCAUCCUGCAUGUGCCCGGGUGCUAGGUGUGGUGGGGCCGAGGUGCUUCCCACUGUGGGCCUCCCCGUCACCUUCCUCAGCCACCCUCAGGCUCUUACACAGCGCCU